UAGAUAGCUACUUUAAAAAGCCCACGGUCCCAUCAUCGUGGUCUUGAAAUCACUUGACAAAUUCACAAUACAUCUCUCACGUAUCCCCUCCAGAUCACUAUACAGGUAAUUCAACUACCAAGGGGAAGGAUCAAUGCCAGACAAAAUGCUUCCGUAUUCAACAAUGUCCUCAAGCUUCCAAGCUUCCAAUCCCAUGGAGCGAGCCAACUCCACCAGCAGCGAGCUAUCCUUCAGCUUCUCGGAUUCGUUCCCUCCGUACGACUAUGGGGUAGAAGAGCUCCCUUGCAGCCAGCCGGCGCUCGAUCAAUUCCCCUACUUUCCUCCCUCCAGCCCGUAUGCAAUGCAGGACUUUUCUCCUCCGAGCCCAUACACUCUGUCCGAAUUCUCUCCUCCCAGCAACACAUCUUUUCCUUUCCCUGUCGCAUCGUCCUAUUCUUCAUUCUACGAGCCUCUGCUCCCAUGGACACCCAGUUGCGACGAAGUCCAGAUGCCUCGGUUCGCUCCGGUGGCAGGCGACUCUCCCCCGGAACAAUCCAGACCAGUCAAGCCAUUCGCUUGCGAAGAGUGCGGAAGGGCCUUCACCCGGUCCGCCGAUUUACGGCGACACCAAUCCAGCGUCCAUUACCCGGUAUACCAAGACUGUCCCAUGCCAGACUGCCCGCGCAAGAACGGCAGAGGCUUCCCUCGUCGCGACCAUUUGAAUGAGCAUCUGCGCUCGUCUCACCAUGUGCACGUCCCCAAGCGCCGACGAUUGACCAAGACGGCUUAAUCUGUCUUCUGUCUCGUUAUGGACUGGGGAUUCUGCUUGCUUGCUACGUCUUUUUAAUAUCUUAUUGAUGUCAUGUGUUUAUGUCUGUUGAUGCUCCUCCAUAUCACUUGAUAUGGUCUAUUGUCUGCUUUUUUUUUUUUUAUCUUUCUUUCCUGCAUCCUCUGGGUUUUGCAGGUUGCGGCGUCAUGCUUUCCACGCUUUUUCUUUUUCUACUACGAUUCAUGGCUUCCAUGAUGAUAUACCAUUUCGUCUACCCAUGCGGCAAGACCUGUCUUGUCCCUGGAAGACAGAACAGGGGCAGACAGUGUCCGUCGCCUCUUUUUGCAUGUUGAU